AUGCCAGACGCUCGGGACGAUGGCGACAACGAUCCAGCACAACCCUUGCUCACCUCCAGCUGUCAUGGGGAACAAAUCCCACCAAGGCAGGCAUUAUCGCCACAGGAAGCCAACCCCGACACGGAGGCGGCGAGAGAAGUUCUCCGGAAAAUCGACCGAACUAUUAUUCCUCUCUUGUUCAUAACCUAUAUGCUCAGUUUUAUGGAUAAGAUCAUUCUCUCUAGUGCUGCUGUUUUUGGACUUCGUGAGGACAACAAGCUCGAAGGACAGCAGUACAGCUGGGUCGGGAGCGUGUUUUACAUGGGAUAUCUCCAGUGGACGUAUCCUACUAAUCUACUUGUGACGCGUCUUCCUGCUGGAAAGUAUCUGUCUGCCAACACCCUAUUCUGGGGGUCCGUCGUCACUCUUACUGCUGCAUGUAACAGCUUUGGGGGACUCUUGACGGUGCGAUUCUUGCUCGGAGCUGCAGAGGCCACCAUCACACCAGGCUUCAUGUUUCUCACUUCAACCUGGUACACUCGCGAUGAGAUGCCAACUCGCGUGGGGAUUUGGUUCGCAGGGAACUCUGUUGGUGGCUUGGUCGCAAGUCUUCUCGCUUUUGGGGUUGGACACAUCGAUAACACCGCUAUUCGACCUUGGAGAUGGAUGUACAUCAUCUUGGGCAGUGCAACCUUGCUCUGGGCGAUUCCCAUGUUCAUCCUCCUACCAGACAACAUCUCAAAGGCCAAGUUCCUCACACCGAAAGAGAGGCAAGUCGCUGCCCAACGAAUAGCAUCUGCCGGGACUGGGACAACCGAAAACACGCACUGGAAACAGGAUCAAUUUCACGAAUGUUUGGCUGAUCCCAAGACUUGGUUCAUUGUCGGAAUCGAGUUGCUCACCCAAAUCCCCAACGGCGGCUCCCAAAGCUUCGCCAACAUUGUUGUGGCGUCGUUCGGGUUCACCAAUCUGCAGUCCACACUCAUUAAUAUCCCCUACUCUCUUUUGUCGGCUGGCAUUAUCUCUGGAAGCGGGUAUCUCGCCGGCCAUUUUCGAACCUGGAACUGCAUCCUGAUUAUCGGCGUUAUUCUGCCAUGUGUCUUUGGAAGCGCCCUCAUCUACAACCGGAGCCAUUUACCUCACGGUCUGCACCUCUUUGCUUAUUUUCUCCUAUCAAGUGGCUCCGCAGCUAUGCCUCUGAACAUGGCCCUAGUCCAGUCCAACUACCGUGGCGUCACGAAGAAAUCGACCAUUACAGUAAUGCUCUUUAUCGCCUACUGUAUCGGGAACAUGGUAGGGCCACAUUUCUUUCGCGAAUCUGAAGAUCCGCUCUACGAGACUGCCUUCAAGGCCAUCAUAGUCUGUUAUAGUUUGGCUAUCAUCUGUGCUGUAGCCCUAAGAGUUUAUCUCGGUCGGCUCAACGCAAAGAGAACGCGGGAAGAAGGAAUUCUAGGCAGUGCGGGAUCUGGCGGCGUUUCGAGGGGUGUUGGUGAUGCGCCUGAAGACAUCACAGAUUGGCAGGCAGUUGGCUUCAGAUAUCGACUUUAG